AUGCUGCAGUCGGCGCUCGUCGUGUGCCUGCUGUUAGCAGUGUGUAGCUGCGAGCGAUUCUCGAGGGUUGGCGGGCUCUUCCCAGACGUGGACAAGCGCAUAGUGGACGGCGAGACCGUCAACAUAACACAAUACCCGUGGACCGUCUCGCUGCAAUUCCUGACAAACCACAGGUGCGGCGGCUCCAUCAUCAGUCCCAAGUGGGUGUUGACAGCAGCAAACGUCGUCUACGGCACAGCAUACUUUUACUUCACAGUACGGGCGGGUAGCUCAACACGUGAAAGUGGUGGAUACGUAUACGACGCCGUUAGUAUGAUCCUGCACGAAGAUUUCAACACCUUUACUAUAGACAAGGACAUCGGUGUCUUCGAGAUCGCCGGAUCCUUUACUUAUGAUGACACUGUUCAGCCGAUUGCCCUCGCCGAUUACGAGCCAGAAGUUGACGUCACCGCCUAUAUUACCGGCUGGGGUGUGUUGACGUCUUCAGUGGCCUUGGACUACGCUGACGAGCUGCAAGCUCACAGCGCAGUCAUCAUGGAGCGGAAUGCGUGCAACGCCACCUACGAGUGUGAAAUCUACGGUGAAGGCUGCGUGACGGAGAACAUGAUCUGCACGACGGAGAAGCCGUGGUGCACGGGUGACGGCGGCGGCCCCCUGGUCGUAAACAACAUUCAGUACGGCAUCGCCUCCUGGGGGUACACGUGCGGCCCUGGAUACCCGGGAGUGUACGCCAACGUGGCUGCUCUGCGCGCGUGGGUUAAUCAAACAACUGGCGUCUAG